AGGAGACCCCGCAGUGCAGGCACGCGUCUUGUUGAGAGACCCGAGCUGGGGGGCUGAGCGCUGGCAGGGGGGGUUGCCCACGGGAGGCAGAGGUAUGUGAGCGAGCACUCAGAGCCCAGGGAACAUUUUCCUUCCGAUCCUUCCAAACUUCCUCUUCCCUGCGGUUUGGCAGGGUGUGUGUGCUGCGUCCUGUCCCUGGAACAGGCAGCCUGUUCGUUCUGGGCCCCCACACACCAGACCCUCUCCCCCCUCCCUCCUUCCUGCCUCCUGCCUCGCGCCUCCCUCCCCAUACAGCCUCCAAGGAAAGUUUUGUAUUUUUCCAAGAUGCUGGCACCGAGGUGCCUCAGCCAGCCGCACCUCGGGUCCUGCAGGCAUCCCCUCUGGGCCGGGAGGUCAGGCCCCAGAGCCCGAGGCCCGCCUCACCACCGCCCUCCAGAACGGGGAAGACGAGGCCCAGAGAGGGCCAGGGACUUGUCCAAGCUCCACAGCGAGGGAGGCAGAGCCAGGGCACUGUGGUGAGGGCAUGCGAGGACAGGCUGCAGGCUCCUGGAGGCGUCUGCGAGCUCAGUCUGCGCCCUGUGCAACCGCGGGUAAGUCCUCUGAAGUCCUCCCGGCCCUGCCCCUUCCUGGCAUCAGUACUCUCCCCUGCAAAGAACCUUUGCCCUUCCAGCCAUGGGGCGAGUCAGUAAUCCAUUCAGAACAGUUCCUGAGCCCAACAAGGGAGGCGCCAAGCAAGGUGGGGCACAGGAGGUGCAGAUUGCCCCGAAAAUGGGGUGUCGUCAUGAUUGCCCCCAUAGUUCGCUGUGUGUGGCCCGUGCGAACUGCAGGCACCAGUAGGUCAUGACUCUGCCCUUCAAGGAGCAGCCCGUGGCCUCCAGGGAGUCCGGCUGGCCCCCCACUGUGACCCACGACAGGACAGGAGGGAGGCCAUUGUGGCAUCGAGGGUGGGGGGUCCUCGGCGUCCCCACUCCAGGAGGCAGGUGUGCGGGGCGGGAGCUGGGCCCGGGACACGCUCCAUGCACGCUGCCCACCGUGGGGCCACCCACGCGGUGUCUGGAUCUAAAAUGUCCCCUCGGCCCGGCAGGUGCCUCUGGCUGGGUCUGAGAUUCCACGGGCCACCUGCCUCCUCGCACCACUUCUCCUGGGGGCGCCGUGUGUCUUCCUGCACAUCACUCAACCCCUUUGGCCCCAGCGGUGUUCUUGUCACACAACAGGCAGACUGUACUAAACGGUGGCCGAGGUUCUCAGCUUGGGCGGCUCGGAGGCUGACGGCAAUGGUGGGUGGCAGGGAGGAGGCUGGACCUGUGGCCACUCUGUCCCCUUCACCGGGAGUGCCCCAUCCAGCCGAGCGCACAUCACCCCCAGUUCAAAUGACAGAGGCCUCUCGGGUUUUAAAACCUAAGCAUAAAAACUCAUCAUGGUUUUACGUGUUGUCUACUUCCGAGCCCACUGUCACCGCCUCCAGGAAGUCUUACCAGCCUCUUAGCGCUGUGUUAAUGGAGUCUUUUGUGACCUUGCCCCGCCUUGUUCAUGCCCGCCUCGGAGCCCCCGAGCACAAUGUCGUCCUCGAGGUAUGUCAGUUGAAUGUGUGUGCGUGUGUGUGCGACUGCGCCUUCCUGGUCUUCUGUCCAGUGAAGCCAUGUUCUUGCUCGCUGACCUCAUCAGGCUCUCAGCUUGCUCUGGGCACAUGGGUGGACGAGACCCACCUGGGUCCCACCCUGAGGAGACUCCGGUCAAGUUCCCCAGCACCCCAAAUGUUUUGGGGCCAGCAGCCCAGAGGCGCCCUGAAGGGUGGGGAGAGCCGGAGGGUGAGCAGGGGUGGGCCGGGUACAGGUGCGCCGGCAGGGCAGUGGGGAGCAGGGGGCCCUGCUGGGUUCUGUCCCUCUCCAGGGGCAGAGCUGGAGGGGAGCGGGACUAGACGGGCCGUGGGUGAAAGUGGGGACCAAGGCCGCUGACCUGAGUCUGUGACCUGCAGGGGGGACGUUAGGCCGAGCAGGGGCAGGUGAUGGAGAGCCAAGCUAUGGGUGGGCAGGGCCUGUUUGAGGGCUGUUAGGAGGGUCUCAGGGAUGGGGAGAGCCAGGGGCCCGGUGUCCUGGCAGUCUGGGGUGGAAGCCCUGUGGGGACUCGACAGGAGCAGCUGGGGGCCCAGCUGUGGGGGUUGGAGCCCGCGGCCGCCCCCUCCUCUCUGCCCUACUGGGCCCCCAGCCAGGCUGUGCCUCCCGCACCGCCCCCGUGGACGCCCAGGGGACUCAGACCGGAUCAUGUGGCAGGAGUCCCGAGCGUGGCCGGCCCAGCCAGGAUGGGGGGUGUGCUGCCAGCUGGCCCUGGCCAGACGCCCCCGGAGCUGGGGGUUCAGGACGGCCAGGGAGGGGGUGGUGGCCAACUUUCCUGCCGUUCCCUGCGUCUCCAUUUAGAUCUCUCCCCAGCACAGAGCGCCGGCCUCCAAGCACACUUCCGGAGCCAUAGAAGGAGACGGGCUGAGAAUAGCUCAGCGUGACGCAGCGAGGAGCUUCCCCACGCAGGCAGGUUCCGCGCCACAGAGGGGCCGCCCUGGAGGGACCCCUGCCCGGCGCCACCCCCCUGCCGGAAACGGGGCAGUGGCUUGGGGUCCCCUUCUGCAUCUGUCUGCGAGCUACUCCCUCUCCUUCCUCGCAGCUGGGGCCUGGGCCCCUGCCCUUCACAGCUGUCACCUCCGCCCGGGCACACCUUGUCCAGGUGAGGCCUCUCUCCGGGGGUCCUGACCUGGAUGUCCCCCAGCCGCCGGCCUGGCCACCCUGCUCGGCUCUAGGCCCCACUGCUGCCCCACGCUGGCGCCAUCCCCCAUUCCCGCUUCGUGGGCAUGGGCCCCUCCCUGUCUGCUGCAGGCCUGUGGGGUGUCAGGCGUGGGCCGUGAUGAUCCUUGGCCUUCGGGGGCCCAGUGUCUGCCGGGCCAAAGCCUCCUGGGCUCCCAGAUGUGAACUUGUUGUGUCCCCAGCUGCGAGGGGCUGCCACACAGGGGUGCCUCGCCGGCACCUGUCUCUCGGCCCCAGGCCGUGCUCUGCCGUAGCUGUCUUGCAGCUCCUACUAACUUUGAGCAAAAGUCCCUUAUUUCCAUCUGGCUGUGGCCCCCACCAAUUAUGUGGCCAGCCCCACCCGCCAUCCUGGGGGUGGGGGUCCACUGUUCUGUAAUCUCUCUGGAAAGAUGGUCGGCAGAGAUCAUGUGGGAGAAGGGGACCCCACGCCGCACGCUGAGCGUCUCACGGAGCCUUGGGAUGGCUGGCGGUGUGGGGUGGGGCCCUGGGGACCCUGCCGGGGAGCCAGCGGCCCCCAUACGACUUGUCGUUGCCCAUCUGUCACUGUGCAGGUGGACUGAGCAACCCCAGAUGCCCUCUGAGCCUCAGCCUCCUUAGCCGAUGGGGGUGUCACUCUGCUCAUGGUGGUGACCGACCCCAAGGUGGGUCAGGACACCUGGCCGGCAUGUCUGGUUCACAACCCACAGCCCUGAUCUACGUUCUUGGUCUUAAGCUCCAUGUCCAGGACAGGCUGCCGUCCAGUGUCCCGGGAGUCAGGAAAUGUCCAAGGUUGCUGAGAAACUGGUGCACAGCACAGACCACGAUGGAUGUCCACACCCCCAACCGCUGCCCGAGUCUCUUCCCCUUCAUGGGUUCGUUUAGAUCUCUCCCCAGCACAGAGCGCCGGCCCGCAGGCACACUUGCGGAGCCCUGGCCAGAGUGGGGGUGUUGGAAGGGCAGCAUUUCAGAGGGGGGGGCCGGCCCCUAAGACAAGGGCCAGGGCGCGGAGGGCAGGCUGCCUGCGGGCUCAGGCUGGGUUGGGCCACAGAGUGAGGAAGGGGCGGAGCCAGCCAUCGGGGGCGGGGUCAGCGCCCCCUGAAGACCGCCCGGUGGGCAGGGGUCCCCCUGGGAGGUGCUGUGCUUGUCCCUUACCUGGGGGUGGGGAGGCUCUGGGGCCUUGAGUGGAAGCAGGGCGGGUUCCAGGGGCUUCCCACGCAGCCCACUCUCCCAGCCCCACGGCCGCCCCUGCCCUCUGCUCCGUCCUCCUCUGUCCCUGACCCGGCCGCCUGCAUCCAAGGCCCAUCCAAGUCCUGGGCGCCACCUGCCGGCUGCGUGCCUGCCUAGCACGCUCUCUCGCCUCCCCUCCUCCCCUCCUCCCCUCUCCCCACCAUGCCCUCUCCCUCUGCUGCGCUCCAGUUUCUCUGUCUGCAGGCCUGAUGCCUACUGGCCUGACCCCUCAGACCUUCCUGCAGAGGGCAGUCACCGUUACCACUUCCCUCGGUCCACCCCAGAAGGAGACCAGGCCCUCCCUGUGGAAGCUGGGGCUGGGGCUAGGGCCAAACCACUAGGCAAGAGAAGGA